AUGGUUCUCUUCCCCCCCAACUUCCCUCUUUGCUUCCUUUUCUAUCUCCAUCAAACCGUCCUUCCACCUUUUUUAUUUCUUCCCUCUUCAUUUCUUUAUUUCGUUAUCUCUUCUUUAUAAACCCUUCUCUCCCUCUCUCAUUCUUAGACUCCGCAAAACAAACCGCUUCUAAGCAACGUCAUAGCUUGGAAAACUUCACAAACUUCACUUCUUUUUUUUGGGUUUUCUCCAUGACGGGAAAGAGAAACCAGACCAGCCCUGUGUCCAGUCCUACCUCGGGUAACAUAUCCGACGGUUCUUCAAGGGAACAAGAUCGUUUUCUUCCAAUUGCGAACGUGAGUCGAAUCAUGAAAAAAUCUCUCCCUUCUAAUGCCAAGAUAUCCAAGGAGGCCAAGGAGACUGUUCAGGAAUGCGUCUCGGAGUUCAUAAGCUUCAUAACUGGGGAAGCAUCUGACAAGUGUCAGCGGGAGAAGAGGAAGACCAUCAACGGCGACGAUCUUCUGUGGGCUAUGACGACGCUGGGGUUCGAGAAUUACGUCGGACCCUUGAAGGUUUACCUCAACAGAUACAGGGAAACUGAGGGAGAGAAGAAUUCUUCGUUGUCGAAAGUGGAAGAGCCGCAGUUGCCGAUGAACACUGUGGAUUUUGAGCAGAGCUUUGGAGGUAAUUCUGGGUUUUAUUCAGUUUUUCCAAAGACUUACACCGACGAAGGAAGGGUCCUAGGGUAUGGAGAGAAUUUAGUGACCGCUGGCGGUGGUUUUAACAUGGACAUGAUUCCCCGAGGUGGAGAUGGUGACGAUAACAGAGCUAUGGCAGCGGCUUAUCGCCGUCACGGCGUUCAGUGGUAAAGGACUAACUAAUGGUGACGGUUUGAUAUGUAUUACCGUUCUUGAGUUGAUGUUAGUUAUAUGGUACCUAAUUUAAUUUUUAAUUAAGUAGUGAGAAGAUUCUAUUAGUCUAAUAAAUUGAGAGAAGCCUUUGAAGAGUUGCAUCGAGCAUGAAUCAUAUGUGUUAAGAAUAAGUUGUUCUCAAUUAC